UUUUCUAUUGGAGAACUUCCCACCAUUCCUUCUCCACAUUCUCCAUUUCUACGCGGGCUUCUCUCUCUCACAUCACAAUUAAACGAAACCAAACGACACGCAUUGAAAUCGUUGCAGACACAGUUUCAUCUUCGAUUUCUGUGUUUUGUUCUUUUUGCGUUUCGAUUCUCGAUUGAUUCGGUUUCCACUGCCGAGAAAACGAAACCGUUCCUUUUCUUUCUCUUUCGUGGUCCUGAGAUUGUGGUGCUGAUGGCGGAGACAGUUUCUUCCGGGAGAUUGUGAUAAAACGUGGUUUUCAAAACCACGCACCUACUUUCAGUGCUUUUGGACUGAACAGAGCGUCGUCGUUUUUCGGCUCUCUGCUUCGGUUUGUGAGGAUAUGAAGUCUCAAAAUCCGGUAUCUCAGGCCGAAGAUCCUAAGAGUAGGAGACCAUAUAUAUACACAAUUUUCCCCGCUGCUUCAUUGUUCUGUCUUGUUUUAUUUUUUGGAAGUGCAUUUGUAGCCCCGGACAGUAAGCUGAUUAUAUCUAGAUGGGCAAGAGAAGAUAGUUAUCAGAACUCAGAAUCGAGAAAAUGCAAGAGUCAAUGCAGGCCUCCGGGAAGCGAGGCAUUGCCUGAAGGCAUUGCCGUGAAGACUAGUGACUUGAAAAUGAGACCAUUAUGGGGCUUUCCAGAGGAUGAUAAAAAUGCGUCAAAGCACCUAUUCACAUUGCCCGCUGGAAUAAAGCAAAAAGAUCUUGUAAAUAGAAUGGUCAAAAAGUUUCUAUCAAGUGGUUUCGUUGUGAUGCUUUUCCACUAUGAUGGUAUUGUUGAUGAAUGGAAGACUUUUGAAUGGUAUGAUCAUGUCAUACAUGUUUCUGUACCCAAUCAAACUAAAUGGUGGUUUGCAAAGCGUUUCUUGCAUCCUGAUAUAAUUGCAGAAUACAGCUACAUUUUUCUCUGGGACGAGGAUCUUGGAGUCAACCAUUUUGACCCCAGAAGGUAUUUAUCAAUUGUUAAGAAGGAAGGGCUUGAGAUAUCACAGCCAGCACUUGAUCCCAGAUCUGAGGUGCAUCAUCAACUUACUGUGCGCUCAAGGAACUCAACAGUGCACAGAAGGACUUUCAAAACUAUGGUUAAUGGGACUGGUUGUGAUAGCAGCAGCACAGCUCCUCCUUGUACUGGGUGGAUAGAAAUGAUGGCUCCUGUUUUCUCUAAAGCUGCCUGGCGUUGCGUAUGGUAUAUGGUCCAGAACGACUUGAUUCAUGCUUGGGGUCUCGAUAAGCAGCUUGGUUACUGUUCACAGGGCGAUCGAACUAAAAAUGUUGGUGUUGUGGAUGCCGAGUACAUAGUCCAUCACAACCGCCCAACGCUUGGAGGCACUAGUGACAAGAAGGCGUUACCUUAUUCGCGUUAUAAAAAUCCUAGGUUGGAUGUGAGGAGACAGUCCUAUAUCGAGUUGAAUAUUUUCGAGCAGCGAUGGAAAAAGGCAGCUGAGGAGGACAAAUGUUGGACGGAUCCGUUUCUACGACCAUUAUAGCAGUGGAUUGUUUAAAAGCUGUGCAGAUUGUGUAACCAUAUUAAGUUAUAGGUGAACGUUUUCAAGACAGAAGCCCAGGGCCGGGGGGAUGUUUUCAUAUGAUUCUCAUCAUAGACUGAGAUUUCAAGGCAGUGAUGAGGAAGGUUGAUCACACAAAAUUAUACGAAAAUUCAGAAUGAAAUAAGUAAAAAAGCAUUCGAAGCUGUGAAUAGAUAUUCUACAAUUCCUUUCAGGUCUUGUAAAGUAGUCAUUUGGUUUAUCAAAACAAAUAAAAUCCAGUGGUAAUUGAAUUAUGAUCAUUAACUGUUGGUUGCAGUAACCUUCCUACUCACCUUGAUUCCUGGGAAGAUGAUAUAUGGUUCUUGAUAUG